UUAAGAUAGAUCAAAGUAAAUCGAAUCUACACAUAGUGAUCUACCACCACUUUCCAAUUUCUCUCUUCAAUUCAGUUUUGCCAAACCUAAAAUAAUGGAGUACCAAUUUACCAACUCUAUAAACCAAACCCUUAAUCUGAUCUUGUAUUGAAAGAAACAAACCUCCUAAUUCAUAGUAUUCUAUACUUUCCACACCAUACUUACUCAAGAUUCUAUUCCAUCAACAUACAUACCUUCCUGAUUACUCCAAAUUUCCCACCUGUUUUUGAUUUAUGACCUUUCUCCUUAAACUCCCAACCCAAUCUAAAUCUUCAUCAAUUCAUCAAUGGCAGAUCAUUUUCCAUCCUCAAACUCACUAUAAACCACUUUAAAUACCUAAAAAUCACAAAAAGCUGCAAUCUUUUUUGUGGGUUUGUAAAUUCUACCAUGUUUCAACAACAUAGGGCUGAAUUAAAGAGAUGGGUAGCUACAAUUCUGACAAAUCACAAAACCCUUUUCACAGUUUUAUGGAUCGUGGGGUUUACAUCGGUUUUUUUAUGGCAACGCAAUAUUAUUGAUGGUUUGUUAACGUUUAGGCGACUUCCGGGGAGGCCAAUACCGAUGCUUAGACCUGUUGCUUUCAAUAUUUCCGAUUUUGGGGCGGUUGGUGAUGGUGUAACGGAUAAUACUGCUGCCUUUGAGAGGGCUAUUUCCACCAUUGCUAAGUUGGGUAAGAGAGGUGGAGCUCAGUUGAAUGUGUUUCCUGGAGUUUGGCUUACUUGCCCUUUUAAUUUGACUAGUCACAUGACUUUGUACCUUGCUGAAGAUGCUGUUAUUCUUGGAGUGGAUGAUGAGAAGAAAUGGACACUGAUGCCGCCAUUGCCGUCCUAUGGAUAUGGAAGAGAACAUCCUGGGGCUCGAUAUGGAAGUUUGAUUCAUGGACAAAAUCUCAGAGAUGUUGUCAUAACUGGCAACAAUGGAACAAUUGAUGGUCAAGGACAAACAUGGUGGAAGAAGUAUAAGCGCAAACUCCUAAAUCAUACUAGAGGUCCCCUUGUGCAGAUCAUGUGGUCAAGUGACAUAGUCAUUGCUAACAUUACUUUACGUAAUUCUCCUUUUUGGACAUUGCAUCCUUAUGACUGCAAGAAUGUGACAAUUCGCAAUGUGACAAUUCUGGCUCCUGUAUUUGAAGCUCCAAAUACUGAUGGUAUAGAUCCUGAUUCUUGUGAAGAUAUGGUUAUUGAGGACUGCUACAUCAGUGUGGGGGAUGACGGAAUUGCAAUAAAGAGUGGGUGGGAUCAGUAUGGUAUCGCUUAUGGGCGGCCCUCUACAAACAUUCUUAUCAGGAACCUUGUUGUUCGCUCUAUGGUCAGUGCUGGUGUAUCGAUAGGGAGUGAAAUGUCUGGUGGUGUAUCGAAUGUCACCGUCGAGAAUGUCCUUGUAUGGAGUUCUAGACGAGCUGUACGGAUCAAAACGGCUCCUGGUAGGGGUGGAUUUGUACGACAGAUUACCUACAAAAAUCUAACGUUUGAUGAAGUGCGAGUUGGGAUAGUAAUCAAGACGGAUUACAAUGAACACCCAGAUGAGGGGUAUGACCCCAAAGCUCUCCCAACAAUUAAAGAUAUAAGCUUUACCUCGGUCCAUGGCCAAGGAGUUCGUGUUCCCGUAAGAAUCCAUGGGAGUGAGGACAUCCCUAUCAGAAACAUCACUUUCCGAGACAUGUCUGUUGGAAUUUCGUACAAGAAGAAGCACAUAUUUCAGUGUGCUUACGUACAAGGCCGUGUGAUUGGGACCGUAUUCCCAGCUGCGUGCGAAAAUCUUGAUUUAUACGACGAAAUGGGAAAACUAGUAAGGCCAUCUUCUUCGCAAAACAUGACAGAUAUAGAUUAUAAUUUUUGAGGAACUCUUCAGUUUCAGGGUCGUUCUUUCUCCCUCGGUUUCAUUCAAUACCCGCAUUUACCUUCGUACCAAAGUUUUUUUUUCGAAAUGGGGAGGGAUCAUAGCUUACUUUCGUUGAUUAGGUAUAUGUUUUCUACGGUUUUAGGCUUUUUAUAUUAUGUCUAUUGAUUCAUUGUUGCUAGGUUUUGGUUUUACUGGUAUGUAAAUAGAGAAAACACACAAAGAAUGUACACAAAAUGCAUGGGAAAUGGAUUAGCAAAUUUCUUUGAGUUUUGGAAACAAAAUUAGCCAAUGAGAAGCAUUUCUUUUCAUGAAAUGGGUUGGAUUGGUAUUUUUUGAUACAACAAGUUCAUUCUAUUCGAAAUAAUAAGUACCUUGUGUCAGAAAUGAGAAAUUAUGAUGGUUUGAAUCUUAGUAUUUUCUUUUUUAUUAUAUGUGUCUACUAUUUAGGUAGGAUGUCUUCACCCAUCAUCAUUAUUAUACCCAGUUUAUA